AUGGAAGUUAUUCUAGACAAAGAUAGGAUAGUGACGCUGUACGAUUUCAAGCGGUUAAUUAUAAAAUAUGUUAAUAUCGCACAUUUAGAAUUUCAACUAGAGCAUGUAUAUUAUCUAUGCCUACUUAUUGGGAAAUAAAUAAUAGCAGUGCACAAUUUUUUGGCGCAUUUUUAUAAACUCGACACUGACAAUGAUGGCAUCUCGAUAUUCCAAUUACCAUACUUAAAAGUAAGAAGAAGAAUAGCAGAGAAACUCAAUCCUAUGUUCGCAAAAGUAAUUUUAACACAAUCAACAAUGUGCGAAUACGAUAAACGUAUAAUUAUGACUUUAAAAUAUUCUAAAUAUCGGGUUAAGCCGACAAUUGUUAAUGGCGAACCAGCAUACGAAGGCCAAGUGCCAUAUUUAGUGUCACUAAAACAGGAAUAUAAAAAAAUCAACGCAAACACCAGUUUGUGGGAUAAUCUCUGUGGAGGAAGCAUUAUCGGCGAAUAUAGAGUAUUAACCGCAGCACAUUGCUUCGAAGGAAACAAUUUUUACUACGCUCAUAAUCCGAAGCGCUUGCGGCUCGUGGCUGGCGAAUUGAAGAACGAACUUAAGCAUUCCGGCGAAACGGAGACCACAAAUAAAAUACAAUGGCGUAAAAUUGACAGCGUAGUUCUACAUGCAGACUUUCUUUUCCCUUCAAACGACAUAGCUCUCGUGUUCGUCGAGGAACCGUGGAAUUUCUAUUUGAAUGCAGAUUUUAUAAUACCGGCAUCCAAAACGAAAAAUUAUCAAAAUACUUGUAAAUCAGCUGGCUUUGGUAAGGUCGGCCAUCGAUCUAAAGAUGGCGUCUCACCUAUUCUCCUUUUGGCGCCAAUCAGAGUGCUAACAUUAAAACAAUGUUCUAUUUAUUGGGAGAUGACGAUGAAUAGCUUUAUAUGCACCGACUCGACAAUCACGGACGUGGCCAUGGGAGACUCUGGGGGUCCACUAGCUUGCAAGAGGACAGUGAUUUUUAAUGAUCUCGUCAUAGGAAAGCGCGAGGUUUUUAUCACUUGGAAACCUAAUUUGGUUGAAUAG